AUGUCUUCUUUGCUGCGUCUUCGUUAUCUAAUUCUUAGUACAACUGUCGGUGGAAGUUAUGCUAUAAAUCGAAAAUAUCAUGAAAUCCAAGAGACAUUUCCUGAUCUGACAUGGAUGAAAAUUUAUAAAUCUGAACAAAAUAACAAAUUUCCCAUUCCUACUAAUUUACGAAAUCAUCUGAGAUAUUUACAUGAAACAUUUACAGCGUAUCUAUUCACAGCAAUCCAUCCAAGAUUACUAAUCGCUGGCCCAUCGUUCUUCGUGGAUGAUUUUAAGCCGAGAUCAUCAAUUGAUCUUUUUAAUUUGGCUAAAACGUAUGAAAACGCUCAAACGACCAAUGAAGAACGAGAAAGAUCGAAUAAAGCUGCUCAUUACCAAAAUCACGAACGUCAAGACAAAGUUCAGCAAGAGAUGAUGACUAUUCAAAUAAAAUAUCAACGCGAAAUCGAUCGAUUAGAAAAAGAAUUGCAAUCGUUAAAAAAACAACUUCUCUUAAAACAAGAUCGACAUGCAAGUGGUAAAAAACAACGAAAAAUUAAGAGAUCAUUGAUUGACAUGUACAGCGAAGUAUUGGACGAGUUAAACGAAUACGAUGCGAAUUAUGACAUUCAAGAUCAAUUACCCAGGGUCGUCGUUAUUGGAGAUCAAAGUUCUGGUAAAACCAGUGUAUUAGAAAUGAUCACUCAAGCCCGCAUAUUUCCUCGAGGUGCCGGUGAAAUGAUGACGCGCAGUCCUGUAAAAGUGACAUUGAGUGAAGGUCCAUAUCAUGUGGCUAUCUUUAAAGAUAGUCCGAAAGAAUAUGAUUUAACAAAAGAAACAGAUCUGGCAGCAUUACGGAGAGAAAUUGAACUUCGCAUGCGAGCAUCCGUGAAAGAAGGUCAAACAAUAAGUAACGAAGUCAUUUCAUUGUCAGUUAAAGGUCCCGGUCUCCAACGUAUGGUUCUUGUCGAUUUGCCUGGAGUCAUUAGUACAGAAACAAUUGGCAUGGCAUCCGAUACGAAGAACUCAAUUACUCGCCUAGCGAACAGUUAUAUGUCCAAUCCCAAUGCGAUUAUUCUUUGUAUUCAAGAUGGAAGUGUCGAUGCCGAGCGUAGUAAUGUAACUGAACUUGUAUCAAAAAUGGAUCCACAUGGUAAACGGACGAUUUUCGUCCUGACGAAGGUUGAUUUAGCGGAAGCAAAUCUUCAUGAUACUGAUCGAAUACAAAAAAUUCUGGAUGGAAAACUAUUUCCAAUGAAAGCGUUGGGAUACUUUGCUGUAGUUACUGGAAAAGGUAGCGCUGAUGAUCCUAUCGAGUCAAUUCAAAAGUAUGAAGAAGAAUUUUUUCGCAAAUCGAAGUUAUUUCGCGAUGGUGUGUUCAAAGCAACACAAACCACAACACGCAAUCUAAGUUUUGCGGUCAGUGACUGUUUCUGGAAGAUGGUCAAAGACAGUGUUGAACAGCAAUCUGAUACUUUCAAAGCCAAACGAUUCAAUUUAGAAACCGAAUGGAAGAACAGUUUUCCGAAAGUCCGCGAACAAGAUCGAGAUGAAUUAUUCGAAAAAGCUCGCGGAGAGAUCCUUGAUGAAGUCAUUAACCUUAGUCAAAUACCUAGCCGUCAAUGGGAAGAAAAUUUAUCCAAGCACCUCUGGUCAACAAUGUCGCAAUACAUCUUUGACGACGUGUUUUCUUCUGCAGCUCAAACUGGCUCAGUUGGCGCGUUCAAAACCACUGUCGAUGUUAAAUUGCAACAAUGGGCAGCAAAAGAAUUACCACGUCAAUGUAUUCAAAUUAGCCAUCUCGUUCUACUAGAAGAAUUUCAAUCAUUAAUUGAACGCGAUCAAAAAAGCCGUUCAUACGAUCCGAUUACCAAUGAUCUAAAAAUGCAUGUCGUCCAAGCAUGUCGAUCCCGACACCAGUGGGACGCGAAAGCACUUGAUUCAUUGAGGGUGAUUCAAACUCAAGCAUUACAAGAUCAAAAUGUGCCUGACAAGCAACAAUGGGAAUCGGCAGUUAAAUUCAUGGAGAACUGCGUACGAAAAGAAUUAGAACGCGAAGAAUCGGAGUUAAUCGCAACUACGAGUCAACAGAGUUCAUGGAAGAAAUACGUUGGCUUACAACGAUCAACGAUCGAAGAAAGAAAUCGACAACAGUGUGUUAAGGAAUUGGACAGAGUUUUAGUCGGAAGAAAAGAAUUAGAUCAGUCAACUAAACAUAAUCAAACACUUCGCUCUACUCUCGAUCAAGAUGAAUUAACCACGGUGAAGAAGAAUCUUCAAACUCAGAAAAUUGAUGUGUCGAAUGAAUUUAUCACUGAAACAUGGCAACGCGUGUAUAAAAUCUAUUUUCUCAAACAAAAUUUGAACACUUGUGUCGAUUGUCGACGAUUUUUCUACUACUAUCAAAAGGGAUUUUCUGAUCAAGGCCUUGAUUGUCACGAAGUUGUCUUCUUCUGGCGUUUGAAAAGAAUGAUUGAGAUCACCAGCAAUGCGAUUCGACAACAAAUAUCAAAUAUUGAAACUCGGCGAUUGGAACGAGAAGUAAAGGAAAUUCUUGAUGAUUUCAGUGGCGAUGAAGCUUUAAAAGCGAAUCUACUCAAAGGAAAACGGGUUGACUUGGCGGAAGAAUUGAAGCGUGUGCGACAAGUUCAAGAGAAAUUAGAAGAAUUUAUUACAGCAUUGAAUACAGAAAAAUAA